AUUGUGCGUAUUCUUGCGUUUUGCCAUGCACUGGGAAUAGUUGUACGUAAUCUAAAACCACGUAAGCUCGUGUUCGAUCAGCAGAAUCGUGUACGUUUGGAAAACGUACUAGAUUGCAUCGUUUGCGAUAAUCCAUCGGACGACCGCAUGGUGGUGAAUCGUGCUACUAAUUUCUCCGGUAAAGCGUGUGAUGUGUGGAGUCUCGGUAUACUACUUUAUCUUUUGCUGCUUGGUCGAUACCCUUUUUAUGACGAGACCCCAGCUGGUGUGUUUUCAAAGAUUCGUGUGGCCAAGGUGGUCCUUCCUCCGGAUGUGCAUCUGAGCGCCGGCGGUGAGUAG